ACUUCCUCUUUGGGUUCAGUUUACAGAAACACUGUCACAGCUUUUCACACACAGUGCUGGUUUCUCAGGUUGACAGAACAGAAAUGGACACUGCUCAAGGUGGUAAAGCGUAUGGUCAACUUAAGUCUCAACAGGAAGACAGACUGAACUCUAUCAAUGAGGCUUUUCUGUCAGAUCCUCAGUAUGCAGAAGAAGAAGACCUCAGCUCCAAGCUUGAAAUGUUUAAAAAUCAAUACAUGGAGUUUGAUCUGAAUGACAAAGGAGAUAUAGACAUAAUGGGGUUGAAAAGAAUGCUGGAAAAACUUGGGCAGGCCAAAACUCACCUUGAGCUGAAAAAGAUGAUGUCAGAGGUUACUGGAGAGACAUCAAAAGACUCUUUCAGCUACAGUGACUUCCUGAACAUGAUGCUGGGGAAAAGGAACGCAAUUCUAAAACUGAUCUUGAUGUUUGAAAGCUUUGGAAAGGAGCAGGAGUCCAAGGAAGUUGGGCCACCUCGUCGCAAAACCUUCUCAGACCUGCCCUGAAGGAUCUCUCCAUCCCAGCAUGAAGUGAUCAUCAUAAUGACCUUUCGGAAAGAUAUAUGUUGACAGGAAUACAAAAAAAACACAAGCCAUAUUGUCAAAUGUGCAGUCUUUAUAAAUACAUGUGAGCUACAUAAAAUAUUUUAGCAUU